AUGCUUUACAAAGAUGAUGGAGUGUUGAUCUCCCAAAGGAAGUUCACCACUAAUCUUUUGAAAGAAUAUGAUUGCAUGGGGUAUUCUGCUGUUUCAUCUCCACGGGAUUCAUUAGCCAAGCUGAAAGCUGAAGAGGGCCCUUUGAUGUCUGAUCCAUACUACUAUAGAAAGCUAGUUGGAAAGCUCAACUUUCUCACAAACACAAGGCUAGACAUUGCAUACAGUGUACAACACCUAAGUCAAUUCAUGCAGGCACCAAGAGAGCCUCACUUGAAAGCUGCUAUACAUGUACUCAGACAUAGAAGGGGUAGGGGUGGUAGACUCCGUAGUUUAGGGUUUGCCCGCGGCGGCAGUUCUUCUGCUGGUUCUUCUAUACCUUCCUCUAGUUCUGGUACUCCCUCUAGAAUUAGAGGUUCUUUUACUCAGAAAUCAUCUUCUAAGGGAUUUUUAAUUCGAGGCAUUUCUGCCGAAGCAGUUGCGGCCUCUCGAACCUCUACAGGAGCUCAACUCACUUUAAGGAAAGCUCAGGACAUACUUGUGAAGAGGAAAACCGCUGAAGAAGAUUCCGAGGAGGAAGAUAAAAAUGGCUCUUUGAUAAAGGCUAAGGGCUAA